AUGGACGCCAACUGGCGCCCCACCCAGGGGUCGGAUCCCGCCGCCGGGGGCGGGGGCGUUGACCCGAACGCGCCGCCGCCCCCCGCCGGGGGCGACUGGCGCGCCGGGCUCCAGCCCGACGCCCGCGCCAGGAUCGUCAACAAGAUAACGGAAACUCUGAAGAAGCAUCUGCCAGCGUCUGCGCCAGACGGAGUGAAUGAACUUCAAAAGAUCGCCGUGCGAUUCGAAGAGAAGAUCUAUACUGCAGCAACCAAUCAGUCUGAUUAUUUGCGGAAGAUUUCUCUGAAAAUGCUCUCUAUGGAGACGAAGACACAACAGGCUGCUGGAAAUGCUCAAGUGAUUCCAAAUCAAAAUAACUCCAGUGCCCCUGGACUUCCUUCAGAAGGCAGUAAUCAAGCACAGCCAUCAGCAAUUCCCUUGAUGUCUCAGCAACAGGCCCGGCAACCAAAUACUACAUCUGUACAGGCUUCUUCACUCACUAAUAUUGGACAGAACUUGCCAGGUGUCAACCAAACAUCAACGAUGCAGAAUGUGUCUGUCAUGCCACAGAACACAAUGAAUAAUGGCUUGGCGCAAGGUACUUCACAAGAUAUUUAUGCUGCACAGAGGCAAAUGGCAGGAAGGCAGCAACAGCAACAAUCACAGCAAUUAAUUUAUCAGCAGCAGCAAAUGCUGAUGAAGCAGAAAUUGCAGCAGAAUUCACUCAUGCAACCGCAUAUUCAGCAGCAGCAAUCUUUGUUGCAGCCAACACAGAUGCAAUCUACACAGCAAUCCAUGAUGCAGAUGUCAUCUGGCCUUCACCCUGUGCAGUCUACCGUUCCACAGACACAGCCAAUGUCCAGGCAGUCAGUUACUCAGAGUGGUAUUCAACAAAAUCAAUUGAAUUCCGUACAACAAUCUGUUCCAUCAUUACUCCAGCAACCUCAGCAAUCUGUUGGGAGGCAGCAACAACAAGCACAGCCGUCCAUGCAUCAACAGCCUUCUCUGCAGCGUCAGCAGCCCAAUAUUCCUUUACAGCAGCAGCAGCAGCAGCAGCAGCAGCAACAGUUGAUGGGACAACAACCAAAUUUAGAGCGAAAUCAGCUAAUUGGUCAACAGAAUGGUGCUGUGGAGAUGCAGCAGCAACAGAGGCUACCAGCUCAGUCAAAUAAUCUUUUGAAUGUGCAGCAAACACAGCAGCAGAUGUUGAACCAGCAGUCUAUGCCUUUGCAUCAGCCACAACAAUUGGGCUCUCAGGCAAACAUGUCAAGUUUACAGCAGCAGCAACAAAAUCAACAGCAGCAGCGGAUGCAUAUGCUGCAGAUGAAAGCUCAGCAAACACAGCAACAACAGCAUGCUCAGCAGUCACCAAUGGGUUUGAUGCAACCUCAGUCCCAAAACAACCAACUUCAGCAAUCGCAACAACAUCUUAUGUCGCAGUUCCAGUCCCAGCCUAAUCAACUACAACAGCAAUUAGGGAUGCAGCAGCAAUCCUCCAUGCAGCAAAGACUUCAAACUUCAGGAGGCAUGCUCUUGCAACAAAAUAACAUGGAUCAACAAAAGCAAUUUAUUCAGGCACAGAGGGGCCUUCAAGAAGUUUCCUCUAGUACAUCCGCGGACUCUACCACUCAAACAGGCCUUGCAGGUGCAGGUGAUUGGCAAGAGGAGAUCUAUCAAAUGAUUAAGAGCUUGAAGGACCAAUACUUUGCAGAACUCAGUGAUUUGUCCAAUAAGAUAUCUAUGAAGCUACAACAUGUUGACAGCAUUAUACCACCUCAAAAGCCAUCUGAGCAGUAUGAUAGAAUGAAGAACUUUAAAAAUAUGUUGGACCGUAUAUUACAACUGCUGCAAAUUAGCAAAAGUACUAUCCAACCUGCUAUGAGGGACAAAGUUCCUCAAUACGAGAAACAGAUUAUCAGUAUCUUAAGUUCACAAAGAAGGAAGCCAGUGCAGCCACAAAUACAGCAACAGUUCCAGCCACCUGCAGGACAAGCUCCUAAUUCCAGCAUUUUACAGCAGCAACAGACUUCCCAGAAUUUGCAGCAGCAUGAUAGUCAUACUAAUCCUCAAGCAAGUUUGUCAAGUAUGAGCACUGGAUUACAGUCCUCUGGUGUAGCUGGUAUGCAGCAUGUCCCUGUGCCUCCAACAACAAACUUCAGUGCCCCCACACAGCAAAAUGGUGCAAACAUACAGCAUCAGGCUGUCUCUAAUAUGGAGGCUGCUCAAGGAGGCAAUUUGAAUUCUUUGCAGCAUGGUUCGGUGAGUGGCGCAUUACAACAGGGAAACACUGGGCUGAUGCAGGGAACAAUGAAUACACAACUGCAGACAAGUAGUGGCAUGCUAUCUCAUAACUCAAUGAGCACGAUGCAACCUAAUGGUAACUCCAUGCAAGCAAAUGCAAGUUCAUUACAGCAGCUGAAGCAGCAACAGCAGGAUCAUCAUAUGAUGCAGAGCCAGCAAAUGAAGCGUCAGAUGUUUCAGCAGUACCAGCAAAAGCAACAAAUGCUUCAACAACAGUUCCCAAUACAGCAACAGUCACAGAAACAUCAGCAAGUACAGAUGCAGGUUCCACAGCUUCAUGCUGGAAAUGAUGUUAAUGAGUCAAAGGCUAGACAAGGAACUGCAGUGAAACCUGGAAUUUAUCAACAGCACUUGGGCCAACGCAGUAACUACUAUCAUCCGCAGUUGAAACAGGGUGGUGCUUUCCCAAUUUCGUCACCACAAAACCUCCAACAAUCAUCUCCACAAAUUUCACACCAUUCUCCUCAGGUUGAUCAGCACAACCUGUUGCCAUCUCAAGUCAAGACUGGGACACCAUUGAAUUCAGCUAACUCACCAUAUGUUCCAUCGCCAUCCCCAUCUGUUGCCCCCUCUCCUAUACCAGUGGAUUCAGACAAACAACACUCCAAUAUAUCAUCACUUACUAAUACUGGGCAGACUGGACAUCAGCAAACCUCCCUAGCGCCCCAGACACAAUCGAUUGCUGUGAAUACACCAGGAAUAUCAGCAUCACCCUUACUAGCAGAAUUUACAAGUGUGGAUGGAAAUCAGGCUAACAUGCCAACUCAAGUUCCAAUCAAAUCAAAUGCAGCAGAAAGGCCUAUGGACCGCUUACUGAAAGCAUUGCGAACAACACAGCGCGAGUCUCUUAAUGCUGCAGUUAGCGACAUUCGAUCUGUUGUCAGCAUGAUGGACAGGAUUGCUGGGUCAGCACCGGGUAAUGGUUCGAGAACUGCUGUUGGUGAAGAUUUAGUUGCUAUGACAAAGUGCCGGUUACAAGCCAGGAAUUUCAUAGCAAAUGAUGGAAGUGGUGCAUCGAAGAAAAUGAAGCGUGAUAUAAGUGCCAUGCCUCUUAACGUGUCAUCAGCUGGAAGUGUUGACGAUAGCUUCAAGCAAACAUUUAGUGUAGAUACCCCUGAUCUACAGUCAACCGCAACCUCGCGUGCCAAGCGGCGAAAAAUUGAGGUAAAUCAUGCUCUCUUGGAGGAGAUCGAGGAGAUAAACCAAGGGCUCAUAGAUACGACGCUCCGUGUAUGCGAGGAUGAUGAUGAGUCACUCGCUGUCACAUCUGAAGGGACAGUCAUCAAAUGCACAUAUACUGCUGUGGCUGUUAGUCCGAGCUUGAAGUCCAUGUUGGCGUCUGCACAGACGAGUCCGAUUAUGCCGCUGAGGUUGCUUGUCCCUGCUGGCUACCCUAAAUGCUCCCCGGUGCUCCUCGACAAGUUUCUGGACGAACAAAGAAACUCGGACGACCUGUCUAGCAAAGCGAAGUCAAAAUUUGGCGUAUUGCUGCGGGGCCUAGAGGAGCCCAUGUCACUGCGAGAAAUCGCAAGGACGUGGGAUGCUUGCGCGCGCGGAGCCAUUGCGGAGUAUGCCCAGAAGAGUGGUGGAGGAAGCUUCAGUUCGAGUUAUGGUCGCUGGGAGACCUGUGUAGUGUAG